AUGAAGAAACCACCUACGGGGACCUGGAUGCCCGCAUGGGUGCCAGAGUCCACUGUUCUUCUGUCAUGUCUACUCAUGGUCUGCGCCAUGGUCCAAUCGGCGACAGGCGGAUAUGAUGGUUCCAUGUUGAACGGGCUCAAUAUUCUUCCGUCCUAUACCGACUACUUCAACCUGAACCCGGCGACGACGGGGUUAAACACAGCUUCUGUGUUUAUUGGAUCCUUCUUUGGUACUCUGUGCUCUGGAAUCCUGGCUGAUCGACUGGGCCGCCGCCCAGCGAUUUUCUGGGGAUCCAUUAUCACAUUGAUUGGCAUUAUACUCCAAACUGCUGCGCAGAACAUAGCCAUGUUUGUUGUCGCGCGUAUUGUGCUUGGCUUUGGAUCGGCCAUCUCGGGGGUUGCUGGCAGUGUUUAUCUUGUAGAGACUUUUCCGAGUCGUUGGCGUGCUUGGGGUGUUGGCCUGUUAAACGACUUUUACUACGUUGGCGCGUUGAUUGCUGCCGGAAUCACUCUUGGAACAGGCGAAUGGGACUCGACCUGGGCAUGGCGAGCGCCGUCUCUUUUUCAAGGAAUUUUCUCUCUUGCUUGUUUGAUAAUUCUCCCUUUUAUCCCCGAGUCACCUCGUUGGCUUGUCUAUCAAGGUUAUCACGAUGAAGCGCGACUGACUGUCGCACUGACAAACUCAAAGGGGGACCAGUCCGAUCCAGUAGCGCUGACAAUCUACAAAGAGAUUCUUGAUACCCUCAACUGGGAGAAAAGCCAAGGCCGGACGAUGAGUCCAAAGGAAAUCAUCAAGACCCCGGCAUCCAGGAAAAGACUGCUGAUUGGGAGUUCAGCUGGCCCGUUUUCAUGUAUAGCAGGAAAUAUCAUCGCCUCUUACUACCUUGGAUCAGAGCUGGAUACCGCGGGUAUUACCGACUCGACGGAACAGUUGAAAGCGAAUGUAGUUCUCAAUGUCUGGUGUCUGGCGUGCUGCCUUUUUGGAACUCAACUUGCUGCUAAAUGGGGGCGAAAGCCGACAGCGUUACUCUCCCAGUCUCUUCUCAUCAUAUGCCUCUUUAUUAUAGGUGGUCUAUCUAAGAUGUACGCCGAUAAUCCAGACGGGGCUUCCAAUGCUCUUGUAUAUGGAAACGUGGCCGUGAUGUUUUUAUUCCAAGGGUUUUACUCCAUUGCAUGGACGCCACUUCUUUAUCUAUAUCCGCCGGAAGUGAUGAACUAUUCGAUACGAGCGAACGGAUUGGCAUUCUCAUCCUUCUCGUUGAAUGCGUUUGCCCUGGUCUUUGUCUAUAUUAUGCCAAUUGGCUUGGAUAAUAUUGGGUUUAAGAUGUAUAUUAUAAAUGGUUCUUGGGAUAUUAUCGUGCUUGUUCUUAUCGCCGUGUAUUGGGUCGAGACCAAGGGCAAAACACUCGAGGAAAUCGACGCACUUUUCGAAGGCGAGAAACAUUCUUCUGUGCCGGACGUCGAACUGGUGCGUCAGGGCAAGGCACAAAUUGACGUCAGCAAGGUGGAGCAGCAGAUCAUCGCUGAAGUGCAAACGGCGCAUGAAUGA